GAUAAGUCAAAGUGACUGGAUGGGAUGUAGUUUACCUGAUAGAGCUUUCCCAGAGCUCAGACCCUCUGUUUGCCGUGAAGAUAAACUCUAAAAAUACUUAAGCUUCUUAAGGGGCGUGUGGCAGGAGUUGGUCUUUGACUGCCAGAUGGAUAACAAACACACGCACAGUUAGUCACAACGUCUCAGAGAGCACCUUAAUUCUUGACGUUCACUUUAUGGUUUCUAAAUUGGGGUCGGUGUGCAGCCUGAACUGUUUGGCUGAUAGUCUAGACAACCUGACCAUGGCGAACCUUCUCAACCUCAGCAGCCUGGGGAAACUCUGCGGCUCCAGCCACACCAAUGAAAUGGUAGUUCUGGACCGGGUGAAGAGGAAGAACUCUGUCAGACGCAUGUCAAUAAUUGAAGAUGGGGAAAUAGCAGAGGUCCUCUACCUUAUUCCAAAACAGUCCAUGAUGGAGCAGCUGCCGUUCCUCAACCCCAACGACUACAUCCUGUGUGAAAAGUUGGAAGGUAUACCUGCAGACAUGUCAGUGCUGCAGACCCAGGACAGUUGCAAUCCAUGUCCUCCAGUGGACAAGCAGGUCAUCCAGUGCUUCAGAUGUGGGGAGUCAUGCAAAGGAGAGGUGCUGCGAGUCCAGAGCAGCUACUUCCACAUAAAGUGCUUUACCUGCAAGGUGUGUGGCUGUGACUUGGGCCAGAGUGGCUUCUUCAUGAAGAACGGGGACUACCUCUGCCCGGUGGACUUCCAGCGACUUCACGGCACCGUCUGCAACAGAUGCGGGGACUUCGUGGAGGGAGAGGUGGUCACAGUCCUGGGGAAGACCUACCACCCAGCCUGCUUCGUUUGCACCCUUUGCAAACAGCCCUUUCCUGCCGGGGACCGUGUCACCUUCAAUGGGAAAGAAUGCCUCUGUCAGCGCUGUAUGGAACCUGUGUCCCCUGCUGCUGAUGACGUUCACAACCCCAGCAGCUGCACCGGCUGCGGUCGCGACAUCAAGAAUGGUCAGGCUCUGUUAGCCCUGGGUGGACAGUGGCACCUCGGCUGCUUCAAGUGUAAAACCUGCAGGAAAGUGCUGAUUGGAGAAUAUAUCAGCAAGGAUGGAGUUCCCUACUGUGAGAGAGACUACCAGGUUCAGUUUGGAGUCAAAUGUGAAGCGUGUCAGAAGUUCAUAACAGGAAAAGUCCUCGAGGCCGGAGACAGACAUUACCACCCCAGCUGUGCGAGAUGCAGCCGCUGUGACAAUGUGUUCACAGAGGGGGAAGAAAUGUAUGUGCAAGGAUCAACAGUUUGGCACCCAGACUGCAGAGACAACAGUCGAACCGAAGACACCAACGGGGUCAGCAGACCAAAAACACCCUGUCUUGAUUUCUAUUACCCCGUAAAUGAUCUGAAGGCCACCAGAUCAUCGUCUGAAAGCUCCUGCUCCAGACCCGGCUCGUGCACCCCGGGGAGCCCCGGCCGGACGAUCUGCGCAAAAGUAGAUAAUGAGAUCAUUGAUUACAGAGACUUAGCAGCAAUUCCCAGAGUCAAGGCUAUAUACGAUAUAGAGCACCCUGAUAUGAUAUCCUAUAAGUCCGACCGCUCUCCUGCUCUGGACGAAAAAGGCUACAGACAGGACAGACAAAGCCCCGCAGAGUCACCAGGAAACGUAUCUGAAUCCACAGAGGAGAGUUUUGAUGAGAUGAGAACCAGCAUACCGAAAUCCAGCAGUCACGGAUCUUUUGGCCUUUAUUCAGGUUACAAACGUCCCAGCCACACUCCAACGCCGUCCAGGUCGCCGCAGCACUUCCACAGACCAGGGCUGAUCCCUUCUCCCUCUUUAUUUUCUGGCACCAAAUACACCUGCCCCACUUCUCCUUUACGUUACUCUCUUUCUCCCAGCAAAGCAAACGAAGGCUUCAACAUUUACAGGAGGCCUCCAAUUUAUAAACAGCAAGAUCCAAAUUCCUCCACAUCCAAGACAUCCUCUCUGCCUGGAUAUGGUCACAAUGGACAUAAUCCGAUUCAAUCAGCUGAAUUCUCACACUAUAACGGCAACAGAUCCAGAGACGUCAAGCUCCUCCAUGACUGUCAACCUCCAUUAGCACGAAUGGCCAGAGGAGUGUCUAUGCCUAAUUUGCUGGAACUAAAAGUCUACCCAUAUGAAGUGCUCAAGGUGAAUCACGGCGGGCGAGCCAAGCUUCCCAAGGAUGUCGACAGAACGAGACUCGAGUAUCACCUAUCCCCGGAUUCAUUCUUCCAGAUCUUUGGCAUGGAGAUUCAACAAUUUGACAGACUUCCGCUUUGGAAACGUAAUGACAUGAAAAAGAAGGCCAACCUCUUCUAAGCGCUGCCUGAUACACGGCCGACCACUCUGCUAACACACAGUACAUACAUGGCAAAUUCUAGGUCAUAACUUUCCACAGACACAGCUCUUUCCUUAUUAGCCUACUGGUGGAAAUAAUUGGCUAACAACUGGAACAAAAAUGUCUCCUUACAUUUGGUGGUAGAUGUUGACAUUUAUGACACCCGCUAUGAUGUUUAUGUAGCUUAGUAAAAACCAAAUUGUAUAUGGUCUGCACUCAAAUCGCACUUUUUUUUACUUUAGUCGUACUCAGAUUGCUUUACAGUGUUUCUCACCCAUUCAUGCUCACAGCUCACAGGCAACGUUCUCACCUGCCAGUGUCUUGCCCAAGGACACUAUGGGCAGGGAUUGAAUGUCAACCCUACAAUUAGUGGACAGCCUCCUGUACCAUCUGAGCCACAGCCUAUAAAUAACGCAAGGAGAAAGCAGCGUGUUCUUUGAGGCUUUGCAUCCUGUGUCGAGCUGACAUGUUGUAACGGUGAAGACAGUCUUUCCCUCGCCUUAUCAAUUUAACCGUAGAUAACAGGUUUUUGUUGCUUAUCUGAAAAUAUAUGUUUUCACUUUACCGAUAAGGGCACCAUUAUCGUUAACUGUUAGAUUAGGGGUAAGGUUAUGCACCCAGAAGACUUAAAACACAAGCAUAAACAAAUACCACAGUGUCAUCACUGGAUUCUUAUGUUUCCCUUCUGAUGAUGGAGAAUUGCUGACAGUGUUGCUGGUGAAGUCAGCCAUGUAUAAAUGAGUCUUUGUAGCUCAUAAAUUCUCUGGCUUUUCUACAUAAUAGUCCACAUGUUACUUGGUGCACAGUGUAAUUUUUGGGUACCUGGACAUGCCCCUCAUUACCAUCUAGUUCUGGGACAAGAUGGUAAAUGAUCUACUGUAGGAGUGUGAGUCAUUAUCACUACAUUUGAUGUUAAAUACUGUGUUAAUUAGUGGACUUUGAGAAAAUAUUCAAUAUUCUUCCUUGGCAAUAAAUUGUCAUUGAAAUGUGCUUUAUUUGUUGCCGAAAGAUUAAUUAAGGAGAUUUAAAACUUAUUUUUGCCGUCGUGUUUCACCCGUGCUCAGCUGUUGUAAAUGUCGUUGUGUUUGUUACCUUGACUUUGCUGUCCACCUCAAGCGCCCUGAAUAAAACCUUACACUUGUAAAAA